AUGUUCUCCUCACUUCGUGGAAAACGUAGCAGUAAUAAGGGACCUAAGGGUGCAAUUGCUCAGUCCAAAGUAUUUUAUACUGAGAAGUGGACAAAGGCCGUUGACACCAAAUUCAUCGACUACCUUGUCGAGCAAAAGAGGGAAGGCAACUUCGAUUCCAAUCAACAAAACUUUCACGCCGUGUUUUGUGCCGUCACUGAUGUUAACAGUUCCAUGGGAACAAACUUCACCUAUGAAGAUGCUGUUAAUCGCGUGAAGAAGCUGCGCAAGCGUUACAAUGUAUUCCACUGGAUAAUCCACCUAUCUGGCGUGGUGUACAAUCCAUUUAAUCACUCUAUUUCUGCUGGCCAGGACUUAUGGGAAUACAUCGUCAGGGAGGAGAAGCUUGCAAUGGCCUACAUGAUAGAUGGCGAGAGUGCUUACGAUGGUCUCAAAGCUUUGUUCCACGAGGGUGAUGACACCAUUAGCGAUGGCUCUGUGCAUGAAGUUAUCAACUUGAGCGAUGUGCUACCACAAGAUGAUGGACCAGAUGACGACGAUGAUGUUGUUGUAGUUCACAAUGAUCAGCCCGCAAACGGUGUCGACAAUGUGCAUCAUGCGAGGGAUGGUUGGCAAAUAGUUCAAGAAAAUGACUCCACCAACACUAACAACUCAUUUUGGAAUGAGUUAGCUUGGUACGGCUCGGAGAGUGUCAGUGUGACCUCGGCCCCUGAUCCAGAAAACCCGCCAUCCAUUUUGUCAUCCACUGAAGAGAUAAUGAGUAAGAUGAAGAAACAUUGGGCUACAUAUAAUUACUCAAGUAAGCUAAUUGACGCGGAGAACAUACACUCAUCUGUAGCUUCCAGCUCUACCCCUAACAAGUAA